AUGGCUAUAGGUACUACCAGCUUUACCCAGAAUCUCGGGCUCCUCGCCUCAGAAAUCAUCGAAGUAGUUGCCGAAUCCGGGCAGGAACGCUUCCGUGUCCACAGCUCUAUAUUUGCCGCGAAAUCCAGGACUCUUCGUCGCGCCACCAAGGGUGUAAAGCGUCUUGACCUAUCAAACUGGGACGGAAACACGGUUGCUCGCUUCCUCCAGUUCCUGUAUAUAGGGUCCUAUCAGGUACCCGAGUCUAGAUUGGUAGAAAGAGGCGGGGAAGAUGAGAGCGUAGACGGAGGGAUGAGCCCGAAUACGGCGAAGCGCCAAAAGAACUCUGAGGUUGGGAAUGCGUUGAAUUUCCUGUUGACCCACGCGAAGAUAUAUACACUUGCAGCGUGCUACGACGUUGAGGAGCUUCGGGUCAUAUCGUUCAAGAACCUUCAAAGGGCGCUUGGGAGAAUCGAUGUGGGGGAGCAGACGGCUCGCGUGGUCGAGAUGCUGGAGUAUAUCUAUUCCCACACAUCCUGCGGAGAACCCAUACGGGAACUUGUGUCGAGGUUUUCUGCCGAAAACUUGCAGACUUUGAUAGGCCCGAUAGACAUGCACCUGUUACUGCAUGGGGGUGGAGAUUUUGCUGUUGAGUUGGUAGAAAAUAUAUCGGAGAGACUUGGCAGUGCUGAGAGAAAGCUACGGGGAGUCGAGAGGACGCUCUCGGCUGUGGUGAAGGAGUUGAAGAACUCGAAACCAGCGCUGAGGCCUAGGCGACGGCACUCCAUGUCUGCUGAUCAGGGUUUACCGAGCAGCCAGACGCAGGAAACAUCGAAGCAAAGCGGGAUUAGUUGGUUUAACACGGACUUCUUAGUUUGGGCGUUCUCUCGAUUCCCACACAAAUGUUUUCGAAUCGCCCUAGGCGUCAUCAUAUCGGCCGCCACAAUUACCAAUGUAUUCAACUACCAGUCGGAGACCAUAGGCAGUACUACUUUCGAAAAUCUUUGCGAAUACUACUCCGCACGCUUCUGGGUUGAUAGCGACAUGUUGGCUGUGGGAAACCAACUACUUAAGGAAGCCUGUCUCGCUCAUGUACCUGGUGCACGGGUUCCCAAACCAUAUAUAUUAACCUACAACGAAGUUUGGGUUCCCGAGAUGUGUGAGAUGGCCACAUGGUUAACACGCAGGGACUAUAAUUUAAGUGGUAAGCGGUUUAUGGAGUAUUGUAGGGAGGUAGACCGGCAAAAGUGGAGAAAAGCACAUCUAGCUGCAAUUGACGAGGCGGCGGCGGGGGCUGUUGAAACCUCUACCGGAUUGGACAAUACAGGCAUGCCUGCUGCUAAGGGCGUGCAUAAAGCUCCUUCUAAAGACGCCGAGCCUAGAGAUGUCAUUUCUUUUGUUUCUCAUCCAGCUUCACUUUUCGUGUUGUUUGUGGCUGGUUAUUACAGCUACGUGCAUCUCUUCGUUGUACAUGUUGCAAGGCCAAGCGGGAUGAAAUCAAUUGCACGUCGACAUGGGUUCAUAUAUCCAACUGAUAGUAGGGAUGCUAUCUAG